AUGAAUCAUUGUACUAGUAUGACAACAGAUCGUUUGAAUUAUCUAGACUCAGCUUCAGAGAGAUUACGAAAAUUUUGGUCUUUGAAUGAUGCCUCUAAUCAACCUACAGAAAUAGAAAGUCAAUGGAGCAAAUCUUCAUCUUCCCCAACCACUGGAACAGUUGUAACAACAAUGCCAGCAACAAUAAUUCCGUCAGCCGUGGAGUCCUGUAGAACACCAGUUCUGCCGCAGUGGGAACAGUCAACUUUGAAUACUAACUAUAAUAGCAGUAAUAAUAAUAGUAAUAACAGGAAACUCACUUGUAGUCAGGCUCGUAAGCGUUCGCAGACAACAGAAGCAAAAACGUUUGGUAUUAAUGAUUCCAUAGCUGAAACAGUAGUAAUAAAUCCUAAAAAGUGUAAAUAUACUACUAAUAAUAUCAAUUAUCUAGGUAACUUUUCUCACGAUAAAUAUGCAGCUUAUCAUUACUAUGACAGUGAUACUGUUGAUAAUCGAUUUAAACAAACAUCUGUUGAACAUAUUACUUUGAACAAAGAAGAAAGUUUAAACAUAAGUGUAGAUAGUGUUCAUUCUGAUGCUGGUAAAGCUGAUGAUUGUUACGUUGAAGAAGAAGAUGAAGAUGAAGAAGAAGAUAAAGAUAAACAUAAUUCACUGACAAACAGAAAAGAUUCAUCAUGUGAAUUUCAUAACAAUACAAAUACCAAUAAACCCCGAAAAGAGCGUACUGCAUUUACAAAACAACAAAUAUGUGAAUUAGAGAAAGAAUUUACAAUUCAUAGUUAUUUGACUAGACUAAGAAGAUAUGAAAUUGCUGUGGCGUUAAAUUUAACUGAAAGACAAGUGAAAGUUUGGUUUCAGAAUAGACGAAUGAAGUUCAAGCGUAUGAGAAGUAACAGUGUUUCAAAGGAUGAUUCUUAUUCAAUCCAAGUGCCAUACGAUGAUCUGUGCUCAAGUAUGCAAGGUCUUUGUUGAAAUUAAGCCGAGAAAA